AGCUGAGCCAGAAGCAGCCUAUGGAAGGAGCUGUCUGCAAAGUGCAGAGCCGUACUGAGCAUGUCUCUUUAGAGGACCCUGAAAGCAGCUCAUUAUGCACACAGGCAGCAGAUGGAAGAGAAGCGCAGCAAACGUUCGCACCUCGCUCUGCACACAAAAAGAAAUACAGCUUUCUACCCAGCCUCUGUUCUGCAGCACUCCGGCAUUGUAAUGACUUGUGCUCUAGGAACUGCAGAUUACUGAGGAAGAUGGGAAAUCAGGAUGGAAAGCUUAAAAAAGCCUCAGGUGAUGUCCAGGAAGGAUCAGAGGCUGGGCCCAAAGAUGGAGAAAAUACAAAGAAAGGAGGCAAGAGGACACUGGGGAAACGCGGUGAGCAGCCCGGUAAGAAAAAGAGCAAGUCUGAUUCUAGAGCAUCUGUCUUCUCCAAUUUGAGGAUUCGGAAAACGCUGUCCAGGGCCAAAGAUGGCACAUGUGGUUCCAAGGAGGAUGUGCUGGGGAGUCAGGCUCUGCACACAGGAGAGCUGGACAGUGCCUAUUCAGUAGCGACAAAAACCCCCGACAUCAGCAUAUCGGCAGAUGAAGGGGGGCUGUCUGAUACCGAUGGGGAUCAUUUUGACAUCCCCCGUGACAUCCAGGUUGCUGCUGCUGUGACUGGCGAAGCACAGGAAGGACAAAGGGCCAGCUCGGGCUCUGACACUGAUAUUUAUAGCUUCCAUUCCGCCACAGAGCAAGACGAUUUGCUUUCUGACAUCCAGCAGGCCAUCAAGCUUCAGCACUCGCAGCCAGGGGCUUGGGAAAAUGACGCAGAUCAGCUCCUGUCUAAAAUCAUGGGAGGGCCUCUUGCCACUUCGCGAACAUUGUUUUUGGAUGCUGCUGAACAGCUCCCGGCGGAUCAGGGCGCAGCGGAGGCACGGGAAAAGCACCGGGAUGGGGAGACUGCCGGACUUGAAAGGGAUGACCGGGUCACGUGUGAACCUACACCAGAAGCCAUUCGAAAAGAGGCAUCUCAAAGUCCUGCAGGGGAGAUACAGGUACCCGCAAGUGAGGUAGAUGUCCCCUCUGCGUCAGCCAAUAGGGAGGCAGAGAGCGAGGAGGCAUGUCCUCCUACAGCUGGUCCAGAGGCCUGCCCUGUGUUUGUGGAGGAUACGGGAGUGCCGAGUACCAAUGGAGAUGCCGUAUCCACUGACGAUGCUGGUGAGAGUGAUCCGGUCCAUCAGGCCUCGGUAUCCGAUGAGACAGAUGGCUUAUUCUCUGCAAGCGAAAAUCACAAGUUGUCAGCAGAUGUGCCUGAGAGCGCUGCGUUCGCGACUCACAGCCGGCAUCGAGCUUUCUCAAACAGUAAUGGAGUUAAACCGUACCCCACAAUUAAGCCGUGUUACAUCAAAACCACCACCAGGCAAUUAAGCUCCCCUAAUCAUUCUCCUUUUGGAUCGCCCUCCCACAGCCCCCAGUUAAAUCGCAAACAGGGCCAGUUCCUUAAGCGUGAUAGUUUGAUGAGCAGUAAGAAGAGGUCUUGUAGCUUGGCAGGAAAUAUUAGCAGAUCUGCCGACUGGACGGAGGAAUUGAUCGGGGACCAAAAUAAAGAUUUAAGGAAAGGGAGUUCAACUGAUUUCCUAGUUUAUGGACCAAAUGGCAAGAGAAAGUGUACAGAAAGCCUGCCAAGUGUUUCGAGGAAGUCAUCAAGUGGCUUUGUCCCCGCUCCAACCCUUCCAAAUGUCUUCACAGGUCGCACUUUGCUGGAAAAAUUAUUUAGUCAACAGUCAAAUGCACCAGAAGAAGCAGAAAAACUAUGUUCUCAGAUUAUUGCUCUGGGCCUACUGCUGCCAUUCAGUGACUGUUUCCGUGAACAGUGCAGUAAGAGUGCACCCCAGAUUCCAACUACGUUCAAUCAAGACCAGCUUUACACGUGGGCUGCUGUUAAUCAACCAACUCAUUCUCUGGAUUACUUAGAAGGUCAUUUUCCACAGAGAAUUCCGACAACAUGGCCUCCGGUCUCCAAGGAAACCGAUGCAGACACAGCUAAACCGGAGCCUGUGCUUGAACGAGAACCUAAACUUCACGAAGAAACGGAGGAAAUAACGUUAAAUGGCCAUAAGGAGGAAUCUGAGUCAAAGAGCAAUUUGCUUCAUGAAGAUCAUGUAAUUAUUAUACAGCAGCUUGAACAAACUAUUGAAGAUUUAAGGACUAAGCUAGCAGAGCGUGAAAAACAAUUCGUACAGUCAAAUGCUUCAUUAGACUCAAAUCAGUACCAGAAUCAGUUUUGUUCUCAGGUGUAUAGUGGAAACCAUGUCGACCAGGGUGGGGAAUUAAAGAAGAAUGUUGAAGGGAAAUCAAUACAGACAUCACCAGUAGAGGAAUAUUUAACACACGGUGUGCCUUCUCUUUCUACAUUAUCGCAACUUGAAGGAGUUGACGGAGCUAAAACAAUAAAACCACUUCCAUCCACAUUGGAACUUAAUUCACACCUGACUUAUUGCUCUGAACUAUCUGUGGUUUUAUCUCCAAAGCCACAAUUACUACAGUUUGAUUCAAACUGUUUCACAGAAGCAGAAACAAAAGAUCAUUCACCUGAGAAGCAGGAGGGUGUUGGCCAUGUAUCUACCUCAACACCUGUGUUGGCAUCCAAACCUCCAUGUGACAUACUCUUUCCUGGUCAGGAGGUGGAAAAAAUUCCUUCCAUAGGCAUUCCGCCUCCUCCACCACUUCCAUCUAAUCUGUCCAUUACAACACAACAUAAUUUGGCACCUCUGCCUCCCACACCUCCACCUCUCCCUUCUGUAAAUAUGGGAUACCCUUCUGUUCCUCCUCCCCCGCCUCCCCUGCCUCAUUUCAACCAUGCUACACUGAGUUCAGGUAUCCCACCUCCUCCUCCUUUACCUUGCAGCAUGGGUAUAGCGCCACCACCUCCGCCGCCACCACCUCUUCCUCCAGGCAUGAGUAUUUCUCAAACAGCAGUGAAUCUUCCACCACCUCCUCCACCCCUUCCACCUGGAAUAGGAAAACCACUACCAUCUGUUGCAGUGCCACCACCCCUUCCACCUGGAAUGGGAAAACCACUACCAUCUGUUGCAGUGCCACCACCCCCUCCACCUCUUCCUUUGGGAAUGAGGGCUGGUUCAUCCUUGCCAAGCUUGGGAAACUCUCAGCCGCCACCACCCCCUCCGCUUCCAGCUGCCUUCGCAGGGUCUGGUCUGGUUCCUCCUCCGCCACCACCACCACCAAUCCCUGGCUCUGUUCCUCCAACACCUCCCAACAUUCAGGGGUCUGCAUUUGUUUCAGCACAUGUGUCUGGUUUCCUAACUCCACCUCUGUCUACUGGAUUCUUUUCGAUCAGUCAAGAUAGAGGAACUAGAAAAGCAGCUAUAGAACCAACUAGACCCAUGAAACCUCUCUACUGGACAAGAAUAGAAAUUCAUGGUAGAAGAGAUUCCAGUGUCCCACUUGUCUGGGAAGCAGUUACUGAACCGAAUGUAGAUUUCUAUGAACUGGAAAACCUCUUCUCUAAAACUGCGGUGAAAGAAAGGAAAAAACCCAUUUCUGACACAAUAACCAAGACAAAGGCUAAACAAGUUGUCAAGUUGUUGAGCAAUAAGAGAUCUCAAGCAGUUGGAAUAUUAAUGUCUAGUCUCCAUUUAGACAUGAAAGACAUUCAGCAUGCUGUGCUGAAGAUGGACUAUUCUGUAGUUGACCUAGAAACUCUUCAGGCUUUGUAUGAGAAUAGAGCUGUGUCAGAAGAACAAGAGAAGAUUGAAAAACAUGUAAAGUCUUCAAAAAAUAAGGAUAAUUCCAAACCACUGGAUAAACCUGAGCAGUUCCUUUAUGAACUGACAACAAUACCAAAUUUUUCAGAGCGAGUUUUUUGCAUCUUGCUACAUUCAACUAUUUCGGAAAGCAUUGGCUCCAUUCACCGCAAGCUUGAAUUACUACAGAAAGUGUGUCGGACAUUAAGAGAGGACCCUGCAGUUCUGCGUGUCUUGGGUCUAGUACUUGCUUUUGGAAAUUACAUGAAUGGAGGAAACAGAACCAGAGGACAAGCAGAUGGAUUUGCACUUGAUAUUCUGCCAAAGCUGAAAGAUGUUAAGAGCAAUGACAACAAAAGGAAUCUACUUUCUUACAUCGUCUCAUACUAUUUGCGACAUUUUGAUGAGAAUGCUGGAAAAGAAGACUGUGUAUAUACACUGCCUGAACCCCAAGAUCUCUUCCAAGCCUCACAGAUGAAGUUUGAUGAUUUUGUCAAAGAUGUACGCAAAAUAAAAAAAGAUCUUCUUGCAAGUGAGACAGAAGCAGCGAAGGUUUACCAGAAAUCCUUAGAAGAACAUUUGCAGCCGUUCAAAAAUAACAUGGAAGAGUUUUUAAGCAGAGCCAAAGUUGAACAUGAAGAUACAGCUAAAUUUUUGGAAGAGGUCCGUUCUAGGUUUAUUGAGACUGCAGCCUACUUCUGUGUGAAGCCAAAACUGGGAGAAAAAGAAGUGUCUCCACACUCUUUCUUUAGUAUUUGGCAUGAGUUUAGCACUGAUUUUAAAGAUUGCUGGAAGAAAGAAAAUAAGGCAAUUUUGCAAGAAAGGUUAAAAGAAGUUGAAGAAGUAUACAAACAAAAGAAGGAAAAGCAAUCCAUUAUUGUUAAACCAAAACAUGAGUCUGGAAUUAAAGCAAAGUUGAGCUUAAGAAGCUGAAAAAUGAACUGAUGAGAUGUAUUCUGUUCCAGGAUGUAAUAAAAAAAAAAUAUAUAUAUUUUUGUACCAUUUUCAGGUACAGAUUGUGUAAAUGUAUUGUGGCAGGUCAACUGACUUGUGUUUACUGGUAGAAGUUUAGAAUAGUCUAACUUUAAUUACACAAAUUUAAUGCUUGUACAGAGAGGAAUAUAAUUUUUUUAAUUGUAAAUGGGUAAAUUAAAAAGAAAAAAAAAGCAAAUGCAACAGUUGUCCCUAUGUUGAAGCAAAUAAUGGGCCACAUGCUUCAGGCUUAUUAAUGCACAUAAUAUAAUUUUAGCAGGACUAAUUAAUGGAAAUGUUUGUAUUUAAUAAACUAUUGUGAAAUAUAAAUGUAACAUUUUUUUAAAGGAUUUGUAUAUGUAGUAAAAUAUGAUUUUUUUUGUUUACCAAA